UGUCCACGGGUCUUGCUGGAAUCCCCUCGCUGGCUGUUGGCCACCAAUCAGAUCGCUGAGGCGAAGAGGGUGCUGACACUCAUCCUGGAGAAGAACGGACAGACCCUGGACCGAGAACCCUUGGAAUUGGAGGAAACCUUCUCCGACUUGGACCUGGACUACCCUCCGAACCAAGCCCCCUCCCAGCAGUCCGUCUGCCAAGUGUGGAAGAGCCGGAAUAUUUGGAAGAACACCGUCAUCCUGGGAUUCACCACGUUUAUCGGACACGGCAUAAACCAAUGCUACAGAACCUUCCGGUACAACGUCCGGGGCACCCAGUCGGGCUUGUACCUGAUGUACCUGCUGUCGGCGGGCAGCGGAGGUUUGGCAUGCCUGGCACUUGGCGUGACGGUCGAUCGCUUCGGACGCAGAGGCAUCCUUCUCCUCGUCAUGACCCUCACCGGUCUCACCUCCCUCAUCCUCUUGGGACUCACCAAGUAUCUGAACGAUGCCGCUAUUAUGACGUUCUCUAUGCUGGGCCUGUUCUCCUCUUGCGCCGUCUCCAUUUUAAGCAUCUUAUUCUCAGCAGAGGUGAUACCAACUGUCAUCAGGGGCGAGGGCCUGGGGCUGAUCCUGGCGUUGGGCUCGAUCGGGAAGCUGAGCUCCCCCAUCAUGGAACUGCACAACCAGCACGGCUACUUCCUCCACCAUGUGGUCUACGCCUCCUUCGCAAUCCUCUGCACCCUCUGCAUCAUGCUGCUGCCCGAGAGCAAGCGCAAGUUCCUGCCCGAGUCCCUCAGGGACGGUGAGCGCUACCGCCGGCCCUCACUGCUCCGCCGGCGCCGAGACCACGUCCCCCUGCUCACCGCCCCCAACCCCACCAUCUGACACCCGUUCUCCCACCCCUCCCCGUCCCUAACCGUGGCCCCAUCUCUCUCCCUGACCCCUCACCCCGCUCUCUGACCCCUCACCCCGCUCUCUGACCCUUCACCCCGCUCUCUGACCCUUCACCCACUCUCUGACCGUUCACCCGCUCUCUGACCCUUCACCCUGCUUCCUGCCCCUUCACCCUACUUCCUGACCCCUCACCCCGCUCUCUAACCCAUCACCCCGCUCUCUAACCCCUCACCCCACUCCCUGACCCUCACCCCGCCCUCUAACUCCUCACCCCUCUCUCUGACCCCUCACCCCAUUCUCUGACCCUUCAGCCGCUCUCUGACCCUUCACCCUGCUCCCUGCCCCUUCAUCCCGCUCCCUGCCCCUUCACCCCCCUUCCUGACCCCUCACCCCGCUCUCUGGCCCAUCACCCCACUCUCUAACCCCUCACCCCGCUCCCUGACCCUUCACCCGCUCUCUGACCCUUCACCCUGCUCCCUGACCACUCACCCCACACCCUGGCCCCUUACCCUGCCCUCUAACUCCUCACCCCACUCUCUAACCCCUCACCCCGCUCCCUGACCCCUCACCCUACUCUCUGACACUUCAGCCGCUCUCUGACCCUUCGCCCUGCUCCCUGCUCCUUCAUCCCGCUCCCUGCCCCUUCAUCCCGCUCCCUGCCCCUUCAUCCCGCUCCCUGCCCCUUCAUCCCGCUCCCUGCCC